GCCAAUACUGUAAUGUCGUGGAAGGGGGUGAGAGAGAAAGCGAAGUUUGUUUAUAUUUAUACAAUUGUGUUUGUGUUUUAGGUUAUGAGGAUACAUGCAGGGGCCUUGCAGAAUGAAGAAGGAAAAGACUGCCGACAAAUCAAGGCCAUUUAAAUUAGCCCAUCAGAUUGUCAGCCUGACAGGAAUUAAUAUUCAGAGACAAAGCAUAAUAGGCUUUGUGGAGUUAACAAUUGCUCCUCUACGAGAUAACUUGCGGAACAUUAAGCUUAAUGCCAAACAGUGUCGCAUUUACCGGGUAAUAAUAAAUGAUGCAUUUGAGGCACCAUUCCAGUAUUUUGAUCCAUUUUUGGAUAUAUGCCAAGGUGACACUAAGCAGAGAUCUUUGGACGUGUACUCCCCAGCUCACUUAGCUGCUGCUCUUCAGAUUGACCCUGAUAAUAAUGCAGGAGAGCUGGUCAUUAGUAUUCCACCAGAGGCAAGCCACGUAGUAGGAGAAGGAAGGGCCCUUCGACUUGGGAUUGAGUUCUCCUUAGAGCAACCUCAGGGAGGUGUGCACUUUGUCAUCCCUGACUGUGAAGGGACAUUAGCUGAGAGAGGGGCACAUAUGUUUACAUACGGACAUGAGAAUUCAUCAAGAUUAUGGUUUCCGUGUGUAGAUAGCUUUGCUGAGCCAUGUACGUGGAGGUUAGAAUUUACAGUAGAUGAGAACAUGACUGCAGUCUCAUGUGGUGACCUUAUUGAGGUCGUGUAUACUCCUGACAUGCGUCGCAAGACAUAUCAUUACCUACUGAACACUCCAACGUGUGCUCCAAAUAUUGCAUUGGCAGUCGGACCAUUUGAAAUAUUUGUGGAUCCGUACAUGCAUGAAGUGACUCAUUUCUGUCUGCCACAACUGAUGCCUCUUUUAAAAGUGUCAGCACGAUACAUGCAUGAGGCAUUUGAAUUUUAUGAAGAGACGCUGGCAAAUCGGUACCCAUAUACAUGCUACAAGCAAGUAUUUGUGGAUGAAGUUGAUCAAGAUGUGUCUGCAUAUGCCACCAUGAGUAUUUUAAGUACGAACCUGCUGCAUUCAAUGGCCAUCAUUGAUCAGACAUAUGUGACAAGGAAAGCUAUGGCUCAGGCCAUUGCUGAACAGUUCUUUGGCUGUUUCAUCUCUAUGCAGAAUUGGUCUGAUACAUGGCUACCAAAAGGUAUCUCUACAUACCUGAGCAGUCUAUAUGCCAAGAAAUGUUUUGGAAACAAUGAAUACAGGGAGUGGAUACAAACAGAGCUGCAAGAGGUGGUAAGGUAUGAAGAACAGUUUGGGGGAAUUGUUCUGGAUCCCAGCCAAGCUCCUGCCCCUGUGCCUUCAUCUACAGCAUCUCCAGCUGCACCCCCACGGCCCCCUGACCCUGGCUUCUAUUUUCCUAUUAGAAACCUGCAUACAAUGUCACCCAAGUAUUUGGAAGUGUUAAGGAAGAAAGCACACCUUGUCAUGCGCAUGCUGGAGCAUCGCAUUGGACAGGAACUCUUGCUACAGGUAUUCAAUAAGCAGCUUUCCCUGGCAUCAAAUGGGGCACAGCAAAAGAUUGGCAGUGGUUUAUGGAGUCAUAUGUUGAUCAGCACAAAUGUAUUUGCUAAGGCCAUUUUCACUGUAACGGGCAAGGACAUGGCCGUAUUCAUUGAUCAGUGGGUGCGCACAGGGGGCCAUGCCAAAUUCCAUCUCAGCUUUGUGUUCAACAGAAAACGGAACACUGUGGAGCUAGAGAUUCGUCAAGACGCAACUCAACAGAGAGGGAUCAGGAAGUAUGUGGGGCCACUCCUUGUUACCAUUCAGGAACUGGAUGGAACUUUUAGGCAUACAUUACAAGUGGAAGGCACUGUUGCCAAAGCUGAUAUUACCUGCCAUUCGAAAAGUCGGCGUAAUAAAAAGAAGAAGAUUCCACUCUGUACUAGUGAGGAAGUGGAUAUGGACCUCAGUGCCAUGGAUGCUGAUUCACCAGUGCUGUGGUUACGUCUGGAUCCUGACAUGACUCUGCUUCGCUCAACAUUCAUAGAACAGCCAGAUUACCAAUGGCAGUACCAGCUGCGUCAUGAGCGAGAUGUAACUGCACAGAUGGAAGCCAUUUCUGCUCUUGAGCGGUACCCAACACCUGCAACUAGAUUGGCACUUACAGACACAAUUGAAAACGAGCAAGCAUAUUACAAAGUACGCUGCCGUGCCGCCCACUGUCUCACUAAGGUUGCAAAUGCAAUGGUGGCAAACUGGGCUGGACCUCCUGCUAUGCUUGCAAUUUUUCGUAAAUUGUUUGGGUCCUUCUCCUGCCCACACAUUGUCAGGCAGAAUAAUUUCACCAACCUACAACAUUAUUUUCUUCAAAAGACUAUUCCAGUGGCAAUGGCUGGACUAAGGAACACGCAUGGAAUCUGUCCGCCAGAAGUGAUAAGAUUCUUGUUAGAUCUGUUCAAGUAUAAUGAUAACAGUAAGAACCGCUAUUCUGAUAAUUAUUAUCGGGCCUCAUUAGUGGAAGCUCUGGGAGCCACAGUCACCCCUGUAAUCUCUGUGGUGCAGCAAGGAACUGCUAUCACAGCUGAAUCAUUGUCCUCUGACACAAAGUUCGUACUGGAGGAAAUAACGCGAUGUUUGAAUCUAGAAAAGUUGCUUCCAUGUUACAAGUUUACAGUAUCGGUUGCCUGUCUCAAGGCAAUACGCAAGUUACAGAAGUUUGGCCAUCUGCCAAGCAACCCUUCACUCUUCCGCAGCUAUGCUUCAUAUGGACAAUUUAUUGAUGUGCGAUUGGCUGCUCUGGAAGCUCUGGUGGAUUUUACUAAAGUAGAUGGACGAUGGCCAGAUCUGGAAUUUCUGCUGGAUUUGGCAGAGAAUGACCCAGAGCCUUUAGUACGUCAUCAGUUGAUACGGAUGUUGGUUGAAAACCCUCCUUUUGAACGUUCACAUAAACAUAGAUUGGAUAAGGAGGAACUUGCUGAGAGGCUAUGGAAUCUGAUCAACUGUAUGCUGUCACAUGAUUCACGCCUGCGAUGCGAUUUUGUCGAUCUCUACUAUGUUCUGUAUGGGACACGGCGACCUCUUUGUAUUCCUAUUCCUGAAUUGGCGGCCAUCCUCAGUGUUAAACAUGAACGACAUGCCAGCCCAGUGCAGGACAAAGAGGUGAAACCUGUUCUUCCUCUGAUUCCUUUCGUGAAUGCAUCCAAUGAUAUGGAGUCUGGACCGUCUGCAAGUGGUCUGAAACGCAAAGCGGGGUCUCCUCUGCGAGAGACAGAAGUCCUGACUGAUGACAACAAUCUUGGCUUGGUCACGGUUGAGAUUGUUGCAGGAGAUGAGGGCAGCAAAGUUAAUGUCAAGGAUCCUUCAUUGAAUGGUGCUAAUCUUGCUCCUGCCUCAAAAGUCCGUGUAUUGGAAUCAGUGAAGGAAGAGCCAGGAGGCGUGACAGUGACUACUCCAGCAACACCUGUAACAACUGGAGCCCCAGUGAUACCAACUGUGGUGCCUGUUACCUCAGUAGGGCCACCUGUUCUGGCAGGAACAAGUGUAGCUCCAUCCCAUCCAGAAGGACAAGUCAAGUCAGAGUACUUCUCAGACAACUCACAAUCACUGCCUGGUAUACUGGGCAUGCCAGGACCAGUGGGGUUUGAACCAGGAAUGUUUCGUGCCAAGGAAAGUGAUGGUGAAAAUGGACACAUGAAACAUCACAAAGCAGAUGCCAUGUCUAAGCUUAAAAAGAAGAAAAAGGAUAAGAAGAAACACAAACAUAAGCAUAAACACAGGCGUGACCAUAGGCAUGGGAAAGAGAAAGAUAAAGAAAAGGAUAAAGACAAGGAGAAAGAUAAAAAGGAUCUAAGCAAAUUGAAAAUUAAGGAAGAGACACUAAGCUCAGGCAGUUCAAGUCCAAGUCCUAGUGCGUCCAUUUCCCGUGAAUUCUCCUUCUAAGUGAAAUAAAGUAAAGAUUUGUGUGAACAUUGACUGAAAGUUUUCCCAAUCCAGGGGUUAAUUAUGUGAAGAUUUUCAAUGUAAGUGAAUGUUUUGUUUUGUACCAAAAGAUACAUGAACAUAUGUUAAUAACUGAGGUUAUUAUUAUAUACCAUUUUUCUGGUAACCACAAUGCUCCUACAGACUUUAGUACAUUCAGCUACAUGAACUAUCCGCUGUUAAGAAAAAUUACAGCUUUCAUUGCAAGGGACACUGCAGAUUAAGAACUGAGCAUAUAACCUAUAUGCAAUCGUAUUUUUAAAUAAAUAUGUCUGAUCAUAUCGUUA